AUGCUCUACAACUUUCAACAGCAUACUCAGCAUCAGCACCCGUCCCAACCCCAGCAUCACCAAGCUCUCCAGCACGAGCAUGGCAUGCCUUCAGCGAACGGUCUUGGUCAUCACACAUCCUUCGGGUCCAGCGGUCUGUCGACUCCGAACGCAUUCAACUCUAGCGUCUUGCCCAACGGACACGGAGCAAGCUCGCGUGGUGGUCAAGGUCCUCAGAACGAGAUGUGGCAGGAGCAGUUGCGCAUGCAUAAGGAAGCAGAGCGAGCCCAUUCCGCCAUGACCGAUCAACAACAACCUCACUAUUAUGCGAGACUUAAGGCCUCAGAAAAUAAAGGCAUUGGCGGCCCACCUCCUGCAAGUGGAAGGACUCAAGCGGAUGGAGAAAAUGACCCCGAAGACAGGAGACGCCCGUACGUGGUUGAGCGGGAAGCAAAUAGGCAGGAUUGGCAUAACAUGGACAUGUCCGGCCAAGGUCUUCGCAACCUAGCGGCUGAACUGUUUCAGUACAAGUUCUUGAACGAGCUCUUCAUCGCCUCGAACAAGCUCACACGCCUUCCCAAGCUCAUAGGUGAGCUGCGGCAGUUGCGCCAUCUCGACGCCUCCUAUAAUCAAAUAUCCGAGCUACCUGCUGAGUUGGGCAUGUGCACAUAUCUAAAAACUCUGUUGCUCUUCAAUAACGACAUUCGAGACCUUCCAUUCGAGUUAGGCUCCCUUCAUCAAUUGGAAAUGCUGGGAAUUGAAGGAAACCCUUUGGAUCCCGGCUGGAAGCAAGAAAUAAUCGAAAAGGGGACUAAGAGCGUGAUCAAUGCGCUGAAAGAAGGCGCACCAGUUCCUGAUCCACCUUCCCCUCGAAAGGAAAUUGUCAUUCAAGAAGAUGUUUCGCCAAACCUGGAACGAAUCAAGGUAUUUUCCUGGAAUGUCUUGUGCGAUAAAUAUGCUACUCCGCAAACGUACGGUUAUACCCCUACGAAUGCGCUGAACUGGGAAUAUCGCAAGAGUUGUAUUCUGGAUGAACUACGAUUGAGAGACGCCGACUUCCUCAGCUUGCAAGAGGUUUCUACAGAUGCUUUCAAGGAGGAUUUGAGCCCCGAACUAGCCCAAAUGGAUUACAAAGGUGUUCAUUGGCCCAAGUCUCGUGCCAAGACCAUGUCGGAGAAGGACGCCCAAACUGUGGAUGGAUGCGCGGUGUUCUAUAAGCAGAGCAAAUUUAUCUUGCUCGACAAGCAACUUAUCGAGUUCGCCACCAUUGCCAUUAACAGACCCGAUAUGAAGAAUCAACACGAUGUGUUCAACAGAGUCAUGCCAAAGGACAACAUCGCCGUCAUCUGUUUCUUCGAAUCUCGACUUACUGGGGCCCGCAUUAUCUUGGUUAAUGUGCAUCUCACAUGGGAUUCUGCUCUUGCAGAUGUCAAGGUUAUUCAAACCGGUAUACUUAUGGAGCACGUUACCAAGCUCGCAGAGAAGUAUGCCCGAUGGCCCGCAGUCAAGGAUAAGAAGAUGAUUACAGUGCCUCUACCGGACAAUGCUGAGGCUCCAAAGCCGCAAGCAGAACCAGGUCCCAGCCAAGAAUAUCGAUCCAACACAGACAUUCCCCUCUUGGUGUGUGGCGACUUCAACUCAACAGAGGGCUCCUCUGUAUACGACCUCAUGUCUAUGGGUAGAGUGCCUCCGGAUCACUUGGAAUUAAACAGUUACCAAUAUGGUAGCUUUACUCGAGAUGGUAUCGAGCAUCCGUUCAGCCUGCGAGACGCGUAUGCGCACACAAAGAAGACCGCCGACGAGCUGCCGUUCACAAACUAUACACCAGGUUUCGCUGAUGUAAUUGACUACAUUUGGUACUCGACAAAUACGCUGGAGGUUGUGGAAUUGCUUGGGCCCCCCGAUGCUGAAUUUCUUAAGAGAAUGCCCGCAUUCCCCAACUGGCACUUCCCAGCCGAUCACAUUCAAAUCAUGGCGGACUUUGUCAUCAAAGCUCGCAAGGACAAGAAGCAAAACCAAGAUCGUGAGCAUCAAGCAGAUUCGGGCGGACCUUCUGGCCGAGGUUGA